AUGGCCCCUCUCGCUGGCAGGCCUCCCUAUGCCACAGACGAACCAGAUUCGUUCUACGAGACUCCGCAGCCUCAGCGUCGGAUGCGUCAGCCCCAGCCUGAAAAUCCGAAUAAUAGGUCUUCAGCAUACGAUGUGUAUGAUAACUAUCUCGACAAGAAACGUCAAUCCGGCACUGGCGCACUUGGGAUGGGAUUUCUGAACGGUUCCAUGGAAGAUGAUGAUGACGACGACGACGAGGAUUACCGUAGGCCGUCAACAGCAGCGGAAUCACGUCAAGCGGGUCCAUUGCCUUCGAAGCAUGCUGCCUUGGCAGCAGCGACAGCGUCAAAUGGAAAUCGAAAGGGAUCACCAUCGCCACCUCCACAAUAUAUAGCCUCGCCUCGCCCUGGUUACGCUGCUCCCAUUGCUACUCUCAAUAACCUGUCACGACCAGAGCCUGCUGCUGCCCCUGCUCGUCAACAGCAACCCCUCCAGAUCAACGUCAACCCUAACCCCCCUCGAGGCCACAAUCCUUUCGUCCUUCCCAUUAACGCGGUUUCUUCGCCUGUAUCCAUCUCUUCAUCUGUUCCUAGUACACCGCAUCCUCUCCAGCCGCCCAUGACUCCCAUCACGCCGGUCUUUGCUCGCCCCGCCAAGGUUGUAGACAUCAAGUUCAUGGAUGAAAAGCCCAUCAUGCGUGGAAAUAGUGAAGGGGUGACACUGCCCAAGAGAGGAGAGCGAGGCGACGACUUUUGGCGUCGUUUCAGCGUCAUUGCCAAGGAUGAGAACAGGAAAUCUUCAAGCUCCUGGCUCAAGAAGACGCAGAAUGGUACAACACGGUUAUCUCGAUGGGUAUGGGUUAUUGGAAUGAUUUUGGCCAUCUGCGCAGCAGCAGGUAUUGGUCUUGGUUGGUGGAUCUCACAUAAGAGCACAUCGCACGACCAACCUAUUGUCAUCGGAGGGUCUGCUGACAAUGCUGCUACGGAAACUGGCACGGACACGAGCGCCGUUGGAAGCGGCACCGCGCGCGUUGCUACCAGUUUACACGUCUCACCAACGAACACCGUGGCUAGACGGUUUGUGGAGCCUAGGUACACGAACAGUCCCUCACGGCGAGAGCACCGGCGUAGAGUGAAACACCUGCAUUGA